AUGUCACACUGGAUUUUUUCUCUAUUCGCGUACUUCUGGCUUUGGUUCAUAGUCGUCGUCUCCACGCCCGACGUUGUAGACCCCUGGGAAGCGGGCCUCGCUCUCGCGAUGUUCCCGGUGCUCGUCUUCGUCUCCUGGCUGACCGACAAGGGGUACAUGCCUUUCAUGGCCAUGGACCCUGCGCCCAGCUCGGAGGACGACACCGAGCACAUCCUGAAAAAGCACCCGCGCGUCCGCUUCUCCCAGAUGCACCUCACGAUCACCCAGGAGUUCGAGGUCGGCAAUCGAAAGACCGUGCAGAGGUGGAAGGAGGCCAUCGCCGACGAUCCGCUGAGCGUGGAUGACACCAUAUGGCCGUACCUAGACAAUGGGAAGGGCAUCGAGGACGGGACGGGUAAGCUGAUCGACAACGCGUACGGCAUCCUCGCCUUUCGGAGCGACACCGAGAAUACCGUGUCGAGGCUCGACCACAGGCACUCGUUCACCAUCGACGUGUUGCGCCGGAACGGCACGAAGGGCACGGUGACCUGCGAGUACAGGACAGAGAGUUUGAGCGCCAUCCCAUCCCAGGACUUCGUGGGCAAGAAGGGCCAGCUGAAGUUUAACCCUGGCGAGGACAAGCACACGAUCACCGUCGAGAUCCUCGGCAAGAGGAUCGGCGAGCCAGAGGAUGAGUUUCAGCUCGUGCUCAGCGACAUCAAGACGGACAAUAUGUCUUCAGUCCAUGGGGCCCAUUUCAAUCCCCACGACGAUGGCGGCCGAGAGAAGGCUCUGUGCACAAUUACCAUCGCCAACGGCAACGAGGGCCAGCUAGAUGGUUGCUUAGAGAAGCUCGGGGCACUGUCCGAGAGGUGGUUCUUAGACAGGGCCAAUUUGCAGAUGGGGCUUGAGGCUUGGUCUGAGCAGAUCAGGCUGGCCUGUUCCAUUGACCCUGAAGUGGGAGAUGAUGACGCCGAAGAUGUGGAGUCGUCCGAUAUUCCGGGUCCUAUGGACUAUCUGAUGCAUACUAUGUCGCUACCCUGGAAGGUGCUUUUCGCGGUCCUAUGUCCGCCAAGUAAUUGGUGUGGCGGGUGGCUUCUCUUCGGGAUGGCGCUGCUCUACAUCGCUGCCUGCACUGCCGUCGUCAUCGAUCUGGCCUCCUUCUUCGGCUGCUGUGCGGACAUUCCCGAGGAGGUCACUGCGGUGACCAUCGUAGCGCUGGGCACUUCCUUGCCCGACAUGUUCGCGUCUAUCACCUCAGCCCAAGAGGACGACCAUGCGGAUGCGUCCAUCGUGAACGUCACGGGCAGCAACUCGGUGAACGUGUUCCUGGGCAUCGGCCUACCAUGGACGGUAUCGUCAGUCCUUUGGAGCUCGGUGUGGGGCGCCACGGACAAGUGGAAGCGGACAUAUUCUAACACGGACUUGCCGGGCAAGUACCCGGGGGGCGCCUUCGUGGUGCAGGCCGGCUCUCUUGGGUUCUCCGUGCUCAUCUUCUUCUUCCUCGCGGCCAUGUGCGUCGUAGUUCUCAGGAUACGGCGCAUUCGCUACCGCGGCGAGCUCGGUGGGCCCACGCUGUCGAAGAACGCGUCCAGUUGCUUCCUGUUCGGACUGUGGGCCAUCUACAUCACGACCACUAUCUGGAAGUCCUCCGCGGGCUCCACCUCGGACUUGCCGCUCUUCCUGGUGAUGGGCGCCUGCAUCUGCACGCUCGUGGCCGGAGCCAUCGUGGAGGUGCAGAACAAGAUCUCGCCGCGUGAUCCGAUUGUUGGAACCGCGCCGGAGGAGGACCUCACCAGCGGCCAGCCAGAGGGAGACUACGCGCCCAAGCCGAAGAGCGCAUACGAGCGGCUCGAGGAGGGCAGCUUCGCGCCUGGCGCAGCCUCCCCGGGCCGCGCGGCGCCCUCGGACGCCAGCACGCAGGACGGGGCCACCUCGGCCUCGGGGCUGAGCCGCAGGUCCCAGCUCCCCGAGCCCCCGCUCCCGAGCCCGGCGGGCGCGGCGCAGGCCCCCGCCUCCGUCUGCGGCUCCGUCGCCUCCGGGGCGGCGGAGGGCGACGCGGCGCCCGCCGCGCCCGCGGCGGCGCGGGACGCCGGCGAGUCCAGGAAGAGGAAGAAGAGACUUCCUGCCCCCGACACGCCCGAGAGCAGACUGGAAGCGGCGGCGGACGCCGUCGGCGCAGCGGCCGCGGCGACCGCGUCGCCGCAGACGUACGGGCGUGGCAGGUCGGACGCGGGGCUCGGGCGUGGCAUGUCGGACGCGGAGCUAUCGUCGGGGACACUCGUGUCCGCGUCGUCGGGCGACGUCGUGAAGAAGAGGAGGCCCCGGGAUCCGUCCAAGCCGCCCAGGGACCCCAACAAGCCCAGGAAAGAAAAGAAGGACAGAGAAGGGCCCUGA